AUGGCUGCAGAUCUUAGCCUAUUCUCCAUAAUCCAUCUCCAAAAUCUGUCUCAAACCCUAGAACAACCACAAAACAGUAGCUUCACUUCUAGCUCUUGGAUGUGGAAUUCUAAGCAAUCUCAAGAUGAUGAUGAUGAUGAUUCAUGGGAGGUCCGCGCCUUCGCCGAAGAUGCUGCAAAUAUUAUGGGUACUACAUGGCCCCCUCGCUCUUACACUUGCACCUUCUGUAGAAGAGAAUUCCGGUCUGCGCAAGCACUCGGCGGUCAUAUGAAUGUCCAUCGCCGCGAUCGUGCUAGACUCCGUCAAUUGCCAACAAUGCUACCUAACACAGCCGCCGCCGCCACCACCACCACCACUGCCACUGCCGCCGCCGCCGAUCCAUCUUCUUCUUGCACUUCCUGUUCUACUUUCCUAAUCCCAUCACCUGAAUUUCCCAACAAUUGUGGUUAUUGUCUUUUCUAUCCCUUACCAAACCCUACCAAUGUUUUCACAUCUACAAUUGAGUCACCCUCUUCAAGUCUUACUAUCUCACCUUAUCAUCUAAGAACCAGUCUUAUCUCAUCUUGUCCCUCAUCAUCCAUUAAGUUCCCAGUAGCAGCUGGAAUCCAUACUUCUCCAUGUCACCCUCAAAUGAAUAGCAGCAGCAACAACAACAACAACAAUGGAAGCAAGAAGGAUUUGGAAGUUGAAGAGUUGGAUCUAGAACUUAGAUUGGGACAAAAGCCAUCACAGUAA